AUGGACCUCACCAACGACCCCCCGUCAUCCGACGCGCAAGCCCUCACCACGACCACGGAGCCCAAGAAGAAAAAAGUAAUAAUCCGCCGCAAACGCCGGCCGGCCCGCCCACAAGUCGACCCGGCGACCUUCAAGCCCGCCACACCGCCCCCGACGGGCACAAUCUUCAACAUCUGGUACAACAAGUGGAGCGGCGGCGACCGCGAGGACAGCUACCUGAACCAGACGGCCGCGCAGGGCCGAUGCGUCAUCGCGCGGGACAGCGGGUACACGAAGGCUGACUCCAUCCCGGGUUCCUACUUCUGCCUGCACUUCGCGCGGGGCCUGUGUCCCCGGGGCGUGGAUUGCGAGUACCUGCAUCGGCUGCCCACGGUGACGGACAUUUUCCCCAGCAACGUGGAUUGUUUCGGGCGGGACAAGUUUAGCGAUUACCGCGAUGACAUGGGCGGCGUGGGGAGCUUCCAGAGGCAGAAUCGGACGCUGUAUGUCGGGCGGAUCCACGUCACGGACGACAUUGAGGAGAUUGUUGCGAGGCAUUUCCAGGAGUGGGGCCAGAUUGAGAGGAUCCGAGUGCUGACGGCGCGAGGAGUGGCGUUCGUGACGUACAUGAACGAGGCAAACUCCCAGUUCGCCAAAGAAGCAAUGGACCACCAAGCCCUCGACCACUCGGAGAUUCUCAACGUCCGCUGGGCCACCGUCGAUCCCAACCCGGCCGCCCAGAAACGCGAAGCCCGCCGUCUUGAGGAGCAGGCCGCCGAGGCGAUUCGCAAAGCUUUACCCGCAGCCUACGUCGCCGAGAUUGAGGGCCGCGUGCCUGAGCAGCGCAAGAGGAGGAAGGUGGAGGGAAGUUUUGGGCCGGAGAGGGUGGAAGGAGUUGGGGAGAGGCUGAUGAUCGAAGGGGCCCAAGGCGGGGAAGGGAAUGAGGAGGAGGUGGAGGAGGAGGAAGAAUAUACGACGCCGAUGCCUCAGCAGCAGCAGCAGGCCCAACAGCAGGAGAAUGGGAAUGGCAUCCUAUCCAGCUCCACGCUCGCCGCGUUGAGGGGGUUCAAGGCUACAUCCGCGGCACCAAAGGCGGCACCCGCAAGUGGACCGCUAGUCGGCUACGGAAGCGACGAUGACAAAUGUGUAUCAAUGGACCAAGCCAGCCACAGCAUAUCCACCCCCUCUAAUCCCCUUCCUCUAUCCAAAAGCACCGUCCUCACCCGCCAGAUGCUCUCAAGCCACCUUUUCCUCAUCGUCAGGAACAACUUCCUCCGCAUCUCGAAACAACCUCCUGGCAGCCAUGACCUCUCCCUCAUUCGCACUCCCACAUCCAAAAGCACAAACCCUUCUUCCGCAAGGCCUCCAGAAUCUGUACUCGGCAACCUGCGCCUCAGACAGAGGCCGCAGCGCCAACAAACCCGAAUCCACCGGCCGAUGGCUGGUAUACCUGAGCAUUGUUCCCGCCGGCGAGAUUGGAGAAACUUCUGA